GCAGCAGCGACGACGACGACGACCAGCACUAUCACGACGACUAGCAGCUCCGUAGGGUCGGUGGACGCUUAUACGCCGCAUCUUAAAAGAGUCCUCAAGAGUUAUCGCGCAGCGGCCACGACCAGCUUGCACGGUCCGAACAAUGUGCGGUGGUCAGCAGCUCCCUCGGAAGAAAAAGAAGAAGAAGACGAUUCUCUAUCGCCGCUCUUGUUGAAUUCGUCGGCGAACUCCGCCUCGGAAUCGACCGAGUCCUCCACAGGGGCUACGGCAGCAGCGGGCGGCGUAGAGGGAACAGAUGGAGGAACAGACCCGGCAACGGGUGCCGGAGCGGCGGCUUCGGGACCAGGGAGGUCGUCGUUGUCGCCGUCGUCGGCGACGUCAAUAGCGACAAGAACCGUGAUAGCGCAACAGCCUCCGCCGUUAUUGCUCCCCCUGCCGACGGAUCGGAAGUCUAGCGGCCAAAGGAGCUCGACGCUCCUGGAAGGCGAACUCAUCGCUAGUUUCAAUGUGGGCGGCGAGGAACGGCUCUGUCUACCGCAAAUCUUCAACACCGUGCUCCGGAAUUUCUCCCUACAGCAAAUCUACGCAGUCUGCGACGAUGUUCAAAUCUAUUAUUCUCAAUGUACGGCCGACCAACUGGCGCAACUGAAAGAAGCGUCAAUUCUGCCGUUCAGCGUACCGUCGUGCGGACUCAUUAGACGCAGUGACGCCGAGCGAGUUUGCUCGUUACUCCUACACGUUCCAGUCAGCGCUGAAACGCCGAGACAGCUACUCGAGCAGCUGCGAGGAGUCCGCACCCCAGACGACUUGUUGGCGGAGAACGAGGCCAACGGAAUCGCCGUUUACCACGAAUGCUUCGGAGGCUGCCAAGGACUGGUCUUCACGGAGCUCUACGUCACCCCGGUCUCGCCGUGCGUUCAGUGUCGAGAGUGCCGAGGAUAUCUGUCGCCGCGGAACUUCGUUUCUCACGUCCACAGAGCCCGGGCUGAAACAAGGACCUGCCACUGGGGUUUUAGUUCAGCCAAUUGGCGUCAGUACUUACUUCGGCGUGAUGAGAGCGAUGAAUGCGCUCAACAGAAACUAGAAUCUUUCAAAAUCAAAUUCGACAAACGGAAAAAGCGGCCGUCGGAAUCUUGUAAAUCGAUUACAAGUGGCUCUACGCAAGGAUCUCUCGCUGCUUCUCCGGUCGGCGACUACGAUGAAAACUUCAACGCCGAAGACGACGAGGACAAGAGCGAUGAGCUUUGCAUGGCGAAGAAACAGCGUUUCAUCGAAGAUCACGAAGCUCUUGAGAUGUCGGGCUUCCCGUCCUCGAUGGAACAUCCCCCACAUCCACUGCAGCCCCAUCAGUAUCCUUUCGUAUCGCUCGGAGUAGACCCAACCAUGUGGUAUCAAUGGGCCGCCAGCGCUGCCCGGACGUCGGCGUUCAAACCGUGGCAGACCGAUCUCUGUGGAAUAUUGGUCGGAAGCGGGAAGGCUGCCAUCGCUCCAGGAACUUCGUCCGGACUUCCCAGAGCGGCUCCUGCAAGUCCCACCCAUGCCUCCAAAUCAACGCACAAACUCAUUGUGGCCGGCCAUUCGAAUUCUCUGGAUUCUGCGGAAGAUGCUCUUUCGUGCACCAGCAGCGCCUCCGAACGUGUGGGCGAACCGGACGAAUCCCAAGCGCCGGGCGGCGUCCAGUCGUACUUGGGUGAUCUUAGUGGACUACAGAGAGUAUUGGAGCAUCACAAGCUCGACUGCAAGGUGCAAAAGGACGUUCUGCACGAAACUAUGAAAAUCGUUUACGAGUAUCAGCAGGUGGUCACAUCAUUGGUCAAGCAGAAACACAUUCUGGAAAAGGAGCUCGCGCAUCGUCUACGAGCGGAUGAAAGGUUCCCGGGGCUGGUACAGGUCAAACAGGAGCCGAUGGACGAGCAAGCAGAUCAAAUUCAACGAUUGGGGAGUCUUCCGAAGAAAACCGCGAACGUCUCCUCCGAUCCGAAGUCCGAGCAAGCACCGGAUCCGAGUCUGGCUCUUAUACGAGAGUCGCAGAGUCUAUUGACAGCCUGA